AUGCAGUACUUGGCAUCAUUAACCAUCGUCGCCAUUGCGCUGGCUAGCGCGCAACACAGUGACACUGAACCAAGGCAGGGUGAAGGGGUCAGUCGUUCUCCCAAGACCUGAACGACAACCACUGACUUGUGCAGCAAUCGCUCGCCGUCGCCGCCGCCGCCGAAUUCGUGUAUGACAGGACAUGGCAUGCCCUUAACUUCUUCGCUCCCGCAAACGAACAGUUCAUCGGCAUCUCUGGCCAGAUGGUCGUACCACCCAAACCACCGAAAUCAGGGCCCGAGGGCGCUCCUAGGACCUAUUUGUGGCCCGGUGUCCAACCGCAAUCAGGAGUUUUUCAAAACGUACUGGACAGUUUUGCCGAUGAUUGGAGGUUUGCAUCCGGAUUUUACGGCGACAACACGGAUUACCCAUGGGGCGAUGGCUUCAACACCAAAGAGGGGGAUGUGCUUUCUUUCAACGAUACCAAAGGAGCGUCGGCUUGGACUGCCAAGAUAAGCCAUACCGGCGGGCCCGAGACUGCGAGCAAUGACUUUCCACUGAGUGAGUCCGAAGAUGCGUCCAGGAGACGGGCUGACGACUGACUUGUGUAAGACGACAGAGUGUUCUACGAAGCCAUUUUUGCCAUUGAACUUCUCAAUACAACGUGGGAAUUCGGACCUUUGUCGUUCUCCAAUAUUUUGAUUACCUGUACGGGCUCGGACAGUUCGUGGUGCAACAACAACCCGCAGAAUCCGUACAACACAAUCUAUUCGAUCACAGGGCUCCGAGCUGAGCAGAACGGAGGCAACGUCGACUGCUACAUGGACUCGCUCGUCUUGGAGAGACAAGGUCCAUAG